GACUUCUCUUGGAGAAGCAGCGCAGAGCCAGCUUCGAGCUCAGGGAGCAAGAUGCGGAUCUGCUGAAGCGGCUGGAGAAGGUGGGCUUUCUCUUGGACUCAACUUCCACGAACACCUCGAACUAUUUGUCGACUGGGUCGGGUACGUACUUGGAUGUCGGUGCUUCCGAGCUCAUUGCGGAUGGACAGAUCCAGCUCAAGACUGGCAGUGCCGUAGCCUUUAGCGAAUCUGCAGUGGUCACCGACGAUGGAACCCAUCUUAGUGCCGACACAGUAGUCUUUGCCACGGGCUACGCGCCACUGUCGAAGCUCAUCGCCGAACUUUUGGGGAAAGAUACGGCGGCACGCCUUGGCAGGAUAUGGGGCUUGGGUACGGGCAUUGCCGGAGAUGAAGGACCUUGGGAGGGAGAGCUGCGGAACAUGUGGAAGAGAACCAACGUGGAAGGUCUCUGGCUGCACGGCGGCAAUCUUUUGCAAAAUCGCAUCUACUCGCUCUUCCUGGCCUUGCAACUUAAGGCCCGAUAUGCUAACAUCCCUACGCCUGCCUACAACGCGCACAACAAGGGCUUUGAGUUCCUGGGGGCUUGA